GAUAGGCACUUAGAAAAUCCAGUUUCAGUCUGUUCGUGGUGGUUCUGUGUAAUAUUUUCAAUAUUUUUAUGACAAAUACUAUAUUACUGAAAAACAAAAACUUUUGACAAUAACAUUUAGCUUUCAAUUUUGCCUCUUAAAAUUGUGUUUGUGUUAUGCUCAAAAAAAUUAAAUAAAUAUAUUUUUGUAGACAAUUCCAUGAUGGAAGUUGAAGCUACUAUUCCCGCUGUUCCUAUUACAUCUGAAGCUGUUUCAGAAUCUACUUCACCAGAUGUAAUUGCUAUUCCAUCAACAUCCAAGGAAGUUACAUCUGAAGCUGUUUCAGAAUCUACUUCACCAGAUGUAAUCGCUAUUCCAUCAACAUCCAAGGAAGUUACAUCUGAAGAUUUUUCACAACAGAUACCUACAUCCCUUAGUGCAGACAGUCCAAGGAAACAUGGGUUAAGGUUACAAAUUAGAAGUUUGAAAAGAAAGUUGGAAUUUCAUCCGGAAUAUUCAUUCAUAUUUUUUAUAAAUAAUAUUUAUUUAAAACGGUAAAAUAAAAGCAAAAUGUGUUAUUGAAACUAAAUUUUUAUCGAUUUUACUUUAUAUAGAUAUGUUUCUAAAUACGAUAAAUUCCUAAAUACAAAUUUUCUUUACAAUUUAGAUAUUUUUAAUUAUCAAGUUUAGUUAGAUCAUAGAUAUUUAUCUAUUCUUUUUUUUAAUUUUUCAUUUGUAUUAAUAAAUUUUAGGAUCAUUUACAUUUAAGUAAUUGUAUUAGAUUUUGUACCUAA